CCAAGUACUACACGUGCUUACCGCUUAGAAUACCAACGUCCACAUCACAAAAUAUCCAAAUUUGCUUACUCCCUAUAUAAACAACACAUACUACAAGCAACAUUUGCACAAUCACAAAUACCAAUAACAAAUGGAGCGCGGCAAUUCUUCAGCUGUAGCUCGAAAUCGGUUAUCGGUAAUCUCAGCUCAUUUCGCCGUCGAUUCCAACCCCUCCGCCUCCCGUGUUCUGGAAACUUCCAUUGUAUCUGCACCGUCCGCGGCCGUUUCACCGCCACCUAAUGUUAAAGGUGCAUUGACAAUCAUCGACGAGAGAACCGGUAAGAAGUAUCAGGUUCCGGUCACCGAAGAAGGCACUGUUAAAGCCACCGAUUUUAAGAAAGAUAUCAUACAGUCAAUGCCUCAUGAUGCUCACCCGAUGGGUGUUCUUGUUAGUGCCAUGAGCACUCUUUCUGUCUUUCAUCCUGAUGCCAAUCCAGCUCUUAGUGGUCAAGAUAUAUACGAUUCGAAACAAGUGAGGGAUAAGCAAAUAGUUCGCAUCCUUGGAAAGGCACCUGUAAUUGCUGCAGCUGCGUACUUGAGGAUGGCUGGAAGACCGCCUGUUCUUCCAUCCAACAACCUUCCUUAUGCAGAAAACUUCUUGUACAUGCUAGAUUCAUUAGGUAAUAGGUCUUACAAACCCAAUCCUCGACUUGCUCGUGUAGUGGACAUUCUCUUCAUAUUACAUGCGGAGCAUGAAAUGAAUUGCUCAACAGCAGCUGCUCGUCAUCUUGCAUCAAGCGGUGUUGAUGUGUACACAGCUAUAGCUGGAGCGGUUGGUGCUUUGUAUGGUCCCCUUCAUGGCGGCGCAAAUGAGGCCGUGCUGAAGAUGCUCAGCGAGAUUGGAAGUAUUGACAAUAUUCCAGAGUUCAUUGAGGGCGUGAAAAACAGGAAGCGCAAGAUGUCUGGUUUUGGGCACCGUGUCUACAAAAAUUAUGAUCCCAGAGCAAAAGUGAUUAAGAAACUAGCAGAAGAAGUAUUUUCGAUUGUUGGACGGGAUCCUUUAAUUGAGGUUGCUAUUGCUCUGGAAAAAGCUGCACUCUCAGAUAAAUACUUUGUAGAAAGGAAGUUGUACCCGAAUGUCGAUUUCUACUCUGGUUUAAUCUACAGGGCAAUAGGAUUUCCCACGGAGUUCUUUCCCGUUUUAUUUGCAAUCCCUCGCAUGGCUGGCUACUUAUCACAUUGGCGCGAGUCCCUGGACGAUCCUGAUACCAAGAUAAUGAGACCAGCACAGGUGUAUGCUGGUGUAUGGUUGCGUCAUUACAUGCCCCUCAAAGAUCGAUCACUUUCAACCGAGACGGAUAAGUUCGGUCAGGUAUCAGUCUCCAAUGCCACUAGGCGAAGGUUAGCUGGUUCAGGGGACUAGACUAGUUCAUACAUCAUACUUUACAUUGUCAGAAUUUUGUAGAAAAAUAAAAACAUCAAGCUCCUGUUUAGGUUUUCACCAUGAUGGAGAACGACCCUUUUUUAGUCUUUUAACUUAAUAUGUAGUAAUGUGCUAAUGGGUUUGAGGGCUGACUAGCUCAAUAAGUAGGUAGCUUUCCCAAGAAGUUUAGAGAUCAUUCAAAAAUUCUGAGAGACUUGGAAUAAAUUAUUUUCCUUAAUGUUAGUUUCAAAAGGAGUGUAGAGAUUCUGAAUAAAUUAUGUUCAUACUAGUUUGAGAAAAUAAAUUAGAGAUCCUUCGAAAAUUUAAUGAGAA